AUGAGUGUAUAUCAGUAUGGCAAGUUUCUUUUGUUUGGCGACUCUAUCACGCAGUACUCGUCCAAACAGAUAAUAGAGCCCGACAAUGGCCGGAUCCAGUUUUCUAUUGCUGCUGCCCUGACCAACGACUACCAAAGGAAGCUAGAGGUCAUCACCAGGGGCUUUGACGGCUACAAUUCCGAGCAGGCCCUGCAUAUUCUGCCUGAAAUUUUGAAAUACGAGCACGACACAAAGCCUGUUGAGGAGCAGAUCAAGAUAGCCUGGAUAUUUUUCGGCACCAACGACUCGAGCGUCGGUGGCAACCACGUUCAGCACGUGCCGAUUGACCGCUACGCAGAAAAUAUGGAGACUAUGAUCAAAAUGCUUCAGUCGCGCGGGAUAAAAGUAAUUGCGAUCAAGCCGGGAACACACGACGAGACGCUGGCUGAUGAAGCAAAGCAACGAGAAAGGGCCAAGAGAAGCAACCAGCUGCAGAAACAGUACGGAGACGUUUUGGGCGAGGUCUGUGGCAAACUGGAGGUUCCUUCCGUGGACCUGUACGAUCUGUUUAUCAACUCUGGACUCUCCAGUGCUGAUCUCCUGAGUGACGGAAUCCAUUUCACUGGAACUGCAUACCAGCUGAUGUAUAAUGAGCUGAUGAAAGUCAUAUCUGCAUACUAUCCCGCCCUCCAUCCUGACAACAUCCCGCUGAAGCUGCCACCGUGGAGAGAAGCUACGCUCGAUAAACUAAAGGCAUAUAGAUCUAACUAG